CUGCCAAGUGAAUGAGCUGCAGCAGCACGUGCAGCUCAUGAUGGAGAAGAACAAUGCCAAGCAGGAAGUCAUCCUCAAGCUCUCCGAGCAGGUGGCCGCCUGCAUGGCUGACCCCCAGCGUACCGUAGCCAACUCCAUGGGCACAGAGACCUCCUGCAGGCUGCAGGAGAAGAUUGAGCACCUCAAGGACGAUAUAGAGGCGCACAAGAUCCAAAACAAGUUCCUCAACUCUGAAAUCUACCAGCUUACUAAGCUGUGGAGGAACAGUUCAGAAGAGGAGAAGGGCCUCCUGAUGAAGUGUGCCUACCUGGAGGCCAAAAACUGCCAGAUUGAGAGCAAGUACCUGGUCGUGCUGCGCAGGCUGCAGGAGAGCAAAGGGCUGGACAGCAGUCAGCAGGAGAUGGUGAAAAGGCUCAUUGAGGACUCACUGCAGGGAGACAAGAAGGAUGGCUUUAAACUCAACCCUGUCAGUGAGUACGACGACUAUGGAUUCAAGACCAUUCCUGAUUAUGAAGUAGAGGACGUGAAGCUCCUGGCCAAAAUCCAGGCCCUGGAGAUCCGUUCCAACAACCUGCGCAACAAUGAGAUGGAGGACAAGCCUUUGCGGACCAGGUGGGCUAACUACCUGGCCAGCCGUCCCUUGGACCAGCUGGCUCCCUCCCCGGAGCUGAAGGGCCUGAUCCGGUGUGGGAUCCCUGUGGAGUACCGGGAGCAGGUGUGGCGCUGGAUCGUGAGGACACGGACGCAGGUCUAUAGGAAGCGGAAUCCCAAUCGCUACCAGGAGCUGAGGAAGCACUGCGAGGUGUCGGAGCCCCCGGCCUCGUGGCAGAUCAGGCUGGACCUGCACCGCACCCUCACCAGCAAUAAGCACUUCUCCUCGCCCACCUCCGACGCUGUCCAAAAGCUGCAGCGCAUUCUGCUAGACUUCUCCUGGCAAAACCCCACCAUCGGCUACUGCCAGGGCCUCAACCGGUUGGCAGCUAUUGCACUUUUAGUUCUGAAGGAUGAAGAGGAUGCCUUCUGGUGUCUGGUGGCUGUUGUUGAAAUCAUAAUGCCACAAGACUACUACAGCAAAACCCUCACUGCCUCUCAGGCUGAUCAGAGGGUGUUCCGUGACUUUCUUGCUGAGAAGAUGCCUCGACUGAUGGCCCACUUCAAGGAGCACAGCAUCGAUCAUUCCCUCAUCACCUUCAACUGGUUCCUGGUGGUCUUCGUGGAAAGUCUGGUCAGCGACAUCCUGCUCAGAGUGUGGGACGCUUUCCUCUAUGAGGGCACAAAGGUGAUAUUUCGCUAUGCACUGGCCCUCUUUAAGUACAAUGAAGAGGACAUUCUAAAAAUUCACGACAAUCUGGAAAUCUACCAAUACCUCAGUUUUUUCACCAGAACUAUCUCUGAUGGCAGCUGCUGAAGAACAGACGAGAGUUUCACAUGGAGAGGCUGACAGCCGAGCUGCAGGAGCUGGAGAGGAUACAGGAGGAGUUUGUGAAAGAACAACAAGUGGAGCGCAAAGACAAGGACCUGGACACUGCUGUCAGCGAAGACGAAGAAGUAAUACAGACUGCAGUUAGCUUGCAUCACACGUCCUGACGUUAUUGAAAAAUUACACAUCACUGAUACUAUUUAAACUAAUUUGUUUGCUUUAUUAUUCCCUGCUGUGGAAUAUAGUGCGGCUUACAUACUGUGUAUGUCACACAUACAUCUAACUGUUAUCCUUUGUCUGUUGUUGAGUAUAUAGGUAUGUCAGACUUACAUUUUUAUAUGUACAUACUGUCAUGGCUCUUAUUUUGUAAUGGCGGGCAUUAUCUUAGGUAAGGUAGUCCAAGAUUAGUGCUAAUUGUAGUUUCUGAAACCAGCCGUUUAAGAUACUAUUAAAAACAGAAUUUUCUUGCCAUUAGGUCUUAGUAAAAAUAAGUUAUCCUAAGGAUGAAUAAUUCCAAGGUUCUGUUGCCUUUUAUUUACUGAAAACAUUUAUUUUCUGUUAUACUGUAGCACGGAACUGGAUCAAUCAGUCUGCUUUCUCUUGAUUUUCAGUGAAAUAACUGGGAUUAUAUGAUAAUAAUUUGGCAGAGCUUUCUCACAAUGACUGUAAAGCAGCAGAAAUAUGUUUCCAUUUAGUUCU